AUGUGCCCUUUCCUCGUCGGGGUUUUUAACCCUCAGUUUGGAGUCUUCAAGGCAAUAUGCCCUCUCCUCGUCGGGGUUUUUAACCCUCAGUUUGGAGUCUUCAAGGAAUUGUGCCCUCUCCUCGUCGGGGUUUUUAACCCUCAGUUUGGAGUCUUCAAGGCAAUGCGCCCUCUCCUCGUCGGGGUUUUUAACCCUAAGUUUGGAGUCUUCGAUGCUCUUAUUGAAGUCUUAUUUGUGUGCUUCGUUGAGACUUAUUUGUAG